CUGAGACUUACGCGGCUCCCGGUGCCCAGAAUUAUCGGGACUGGUAAUGUGACACGCGGGAGCCGCCCCAUGCCACAUUUGGGACCUACACAUAUGCUUGAUGAGAGGGAACCGGGCAACCGGGCGCCGCUGGUACUCUGGGUGAUGUAACGGCGACAUUCGCGUCCAGGAGCCCAAUCAAUAUACCGUCCUUGGCAGACCUACAGCAGAUUCGGAAUAAAAGGGGCAGUCGGGCGAGAGAAUCGCAUCCUGUGGGAGGCUGGUCUUCACGCAUUCCGCUUUUGCUUCCUUCUGCCCCUUCAGUGCUUGAGCUGUUCUCACGACAUCGAGGGUUAGAAACGGAUCGAAGAUGGUGAAUAUCCUGUCACUUGGCCUGCUCGGACUGAGCGUGGCUGGGCUUGCCGCCGGCCAGGGAGUUGUGCAGCCUGAUGCUCUCAAGCAGCUCGAAAACAAAGGCCUCCCAGCACUUCAGGCCCGGCUCGCCAAGUCAAAGACUUGCACCAAGGCGACUCUCCGGAUUCGGAAGGAAUGGGGAGAUGUGCCCAAGGACGAGAGAAGACAGUACAUCUCUGCGGUUCAGUGUCUCCUGACCAAACCAUCUAAGCUUGACCCGGCGCGGUAUCCUGGCGCAAAGUCCCGAUACGAUGACUUUGUCGCCGUCCACAUCAACCAGAGUCUCACCAUCCACGGAACGGGCAACUUUCUGUCAUGGCACAGAUACUACACAUGGGCCUACGAGACGGCCCUGCGGACCGAGUGCGGAUUCGCUGGGACACAGCCUUAUUGGGACUACGGGCGGUGGGCUCAGGACCCGGAGAAGAGCCCGAUCUUCGACGGUAGCGACACGAGCUUGUCCGGCAAUGGCAAGAAGAUUGCGCACAAGGCCAACAUGAUCGCGCCGGCCGGAAAUGGCGGUGGCUGUGUCGAGACGGGGCCGUUCAAGAAUAUGACGGUAUAUCUUGGUCCCCUAUCCGUCAACAUCGACCCGGCGCCCGCCCGCAACCCCCGCGCGGACGGGUUCGGGGCCAACCCGCGGUGCCUGCGGCGCGACAUGUCCAACUACCUCACGUCGCGCUGGGGCCGGACCCAGGACAUCGUCGGGCUCAUCACGGGCAGCAGCAACAUCGGCAGCUUCCAGACCACGAUGCAGAGCCAGACGAUCGGCGGGGCCAUGGGCGUGCACAACGUCGGCCACUUCACCAUCAACGGGGACCCCGGCGGGGACUUUUACAUCUCGCCAAACGACCCGGCCUUCUGGGUGCACCACGCCAUGAUCGACCGCAUCUGGACCAUCUGGCAGUCGCAGAACCUCGAGGGCCGCCUCGCGGUCAUCCAGGGCGGCACCAGCAUGUUCGGCGGGGGCCGCGCCCAGUCGCUCGACGACCUGAUCGACAUGAACGUCGUCGAGCCGAGCAACAAGUCGUGGAAGAUCCGGGAGCUGGUGAGCAUCGUCGAUGGGCCUCUGUGCUAUAUGUACGAGUGAGAAUAUUCUGGGCGCGAGGGACGGGCAGGGGAGGGGUCAAGGGCAACCGAGAACUGGG